AUGGUAGGAAGAACAAUUGUUGGAACACUUGAUGAAGAAACUAUGGAUACAGUACUUCUACAAAAGUACCCUGAAAUCGUGGGAGUUGUGUUUAGUGAUACUUUCUCAUACCAGCUGAAGUUUAAUUGGAGAUAUAGGAUCCCAAGUAUAAAGGAACACUCUGAAUACUCAGAACACUGUUGGACCACAAAUGGUAAAUUUAUUUGUUACUUAGAAAAAUACUGGAAAGAAGGAUUUGUGGCUUUUCAAACUGCAAUUAAUGCUGCAAUUAUAGAAGUCACAACGAACCAUUCUGUGAUGGAGGAGCUGACAUCAGUUAUUGGAAUAAAUAUGAGGAUACUACCUUUCACUUCUAAGGGAGAAGUUAUAAAUGAAUUGUUUAUUUUUAUUUGUGUAGUGUGUUUCUCUUCUUUUAUAUACUUUACAUCAUUAAAUAUUACAAACGAAAGAAAAAAAUUUAAGAAACUGAUGACAGUGAUGGGUCUCCGAGACUCAGCAUUCUGGCUCUCCUGGGGAUUGAUGUAUACUGGCUUCAUCUUUAUUAUGUCCAUUUUUAUGGUUUUGAUCAUAACAUCGAUCCCAAUUAUAGUUCAUACUGGCUUCAUGGUGAUAUUCACACUCUUUAGCCUAUAUGGUCUGUCUUUGAUUGCAUUGGCUUUCCUCAUGAGUGUGUUAAUAAAGAAACCUUUGCUUUCUGGUUUGGCUGGAUUUCUCUUCACUGUAUUUUGGGGAUGUCUGGGAUUCACUGUAUUACACAGGCAACUUCCCUUACCUUUGGAAUGGGUAUUAGGUCUUCUUAGCCCUUUUGCCUUCACUGCUGGAAUGGCUCAGAUUACAUACCUGGAUUAUUACCUGAAUGGUGUUAUUUUUCCUGAUCCCUCUGGAGAUUCAUACUUUAUGAUAGUUACUUUCUUCAUUUUAGCAUUUGAUACUCUUCUCUAUUUGUUAUUAACAUUGUAUUUUGAGCGGGUUUUGCCUGACAAAGAUGGCCACCGGCAUUCUCCAUUGUUUUUCCUAAAGUCUUCAUUUUGGUCCAAACAUCAAAAUACUCAUCAUGAAGUCUUUCAGAAUGAAAUAAAUCCGGAGCAUUUCUCUGAUGACUCUUUUGAACCAGUGUCUCCAGAAUUCCAUGAAAAAGAGGCCAUAAGGUAAUUAAGAAAUUAUGUAGAAGGUGAUUGUGAAAGUGUCUGGAAGAAGUGGGAAAUGAGGAGAGACAGCAUAUUUCUUGACAUAUAUGAAGGGCAGAUCACUGCAAUACUUGGGCAUAGUGGAGCUGGUAAAUCAACACUGCUAAACAUUCUUAGUGGAUUGUCUAUUUCAACAGAAGGAUCAGUCACUAUUUAUAAUACCCAACUCUCUGAACUAAGUGACAUAGAAGAAAUCAGAAAGAACAUUGGAUUUUGUCCACAAUUCAAUUUUCAAUUUGACUUUCUCACUGUGAGAGAAAACCUCAGGUUAUUUGCUAAAAUAAAAGGGAUUCAGCCAAAGGAAAUAGAACAAGAGGUAAAAAGAAUUAUAAUGGAAUUAGACAUGCAAAACAUUCAAGAUGUUAUUGCUAAAAAAUUAAGUGGUGGGCAAAAGAGAAAACUAACAUUUGGGAUUGCCAUUUUAGGAGAUCCUCAGGUUUUAUUAUUGGAUGAACCAACUGCUGGAUUGGAUCCCUUUUCAAGGCAUCGAGUUUGGAACCUCCUGAAAGAGCGUAAAGUAGACCGUGUUAUCCUUGUCAGUACCCAGUUCAUAGAUGAAGCUGACAUCUUGGCUGAUAGGAAAGUGUUUCUGUUUAAUGGGAAGUUGAAAUGUGCAGGAUCAUCUUUGUUUCUGAAGCGAAAAUGGGGUAUCGGAUAUAAUUUAAGUUUACACAGGAAUGAAAUGUGUGAUACAGAGAGAAUCACAUCCCUUAUUAAACAGCACGUUCCUGAUGCCAAGUUAAUAGCAGAAAGUGAAGAAAAACUUGUGUAUAGUUUGCCUUUGGAAAGAACAAACAAAUUUCCAGAUCUUUAUAGUGACCUUGAUAAGUGUUCUGACCAGGGCAUAAUGAAUUAUGGUAUUUCCAUGACAACUCUGAAAGAAGUAUUCUUGAACCUGGAAGGCAAAUCAACAAUUGAUGAACCAGUUGUAAAUUUUGGCAUUGGGAAACAAGAGAAAAUAAAAGUGACAAGAGAUACUGGAAAUGAGUCUGAAGUGCAACAGGCUCUUUGUUCUCUUCCUGAAAUGAGAAAGGCUGUCAGGAAUGGAACUCUCUGGAGAAGACAGGUCUGUGCCAUAGCAAGGCUUCGCUUCUUAAAGUUAAGACAUGAGAGGAAAACUCUUUUGUCCUUAUCACUGAUCCUUGGAGUUGCUUUUAUCCCCAGUAUUAUAGAGAAGGUAAUGUAUGGAGUAGGUCAUCACAUUCCUCGUUGGGAGCUUUCACCCAGUAUGUAUUUCCUGUCUCUCAAACAACUCCCAAAGCCUUCUCUUACCAGCCUAUUAAUCAUUAAUAAUACAGGAUCAAAUAUUGAAGACCUCAUACAUUCACUGAUGCAUCAGGAUAUAGUUUUGGAAAUAGAUGACUUUAGCAAUAGAAAUGGCUCAGAUGAUCCUUCAUACAAUGGAGCCAUCAUAGUGUCUGGUGACCAGAAGGAUUACAGCUUUUCAGUUGCAUGUAAUACCAAGAAAAUGAAUUGUUUUCCUGUUCUUAUGGGAAUUGUUAGCAAUGCCCUUCUUGGACUUUUUAACUCUAUGGACCUUAUCCAAACAGAAAGAAAUGUAUUUCCUCAUAAAAAAACUCAAUUCCAGUUGUGGAUUUCAGGCCUCUGUCCUUCAGCAUACUGGUGUGGACAGGCUCUGGUGGAUAUUCCAUUAUACUGCUUGAUUCUCCUUUCAAUACAGUUAACUUCCUACUCCGUAUUUCUGGGAUUCAAAUUUCCAUGGAAAUUCACAAUUGUUGCGGUAAUAUGCAUAGGUAGAAGUGCUUGGCUUCAAGUCACAAGGUAUGGCUCAGAGAAGAUACCUUCCCCAGGCUGGUGUGGACCUGGUGUUGCCAUGCAUCCAAGAGCUCAGGAUGGCUUUAGCUGCUGCCCAGUCCCCACCAUGCCUGUUGUCUGGUGCAGUGUCUCUGCUCAGACUCCAGGUGAAGUUUUGGGAUUACUAGGACACAAUGGAGCUGGUAAAAGUACUUCUAUUAAAAUGAUAACUGGGUGCACAAAGCCAACUGCAGGAGUGGUGGUAUUACAAGACAGCAGAGCAUCAGUGAGGCAACAGGAAGACCACAGCCCCAAGUUCUUGGGGUACUGCCCUCAGGAAAACUCAUUGUGGCCCAGCCUUACAAUGAAAGAGCACCUGGAGUUGUAUGCAGCUGUGAAUGGACUGAGCAAAGAGGAUGCUGCUCUUAGUAUUUCACGAUUGGUGGAAGCUCUUCAGCUCCAGGAGCAACUUAAGAUUCCUGUGAAGACCUUAUCGGAGGGAAUAAAGAGAAAGCUGUGCUUCGUGCUGAGCAUCCUGGGGAACCCAUCGGUGGUGCUUCUGGAUGAGCCGUCUACCGGGAUGGACCCCAAGGGGCAGCAGCAAAUAUGGGAGGCAAUUAAGAACAUCAUUAAAAACAAGGAGAGGGGUGCCCUCUUGACCACCCAUUACAUGGCAGAGGCUGAGGCUGUGUGCGACCGUGUGGCCAUCAUGGUAUCAGGAAAGCUGAGGUGUAUUGGUCCCAUUCAACAUCUGAAAAGCAAGUUUGGUAAAGAUUAUUUACUAGAAAUAAAAAUGAAAGAACCCACUCAGGUGGAACCUCUCCACACAGAGAUUUUGAAGUUUUUUCCACAGGCUGCUCGGCUGGAAAGUAUCUAUAAGCCACUAAUGUCAGUCCCUUUAAAUGCAGUGAAACACUCUUUCGACCUGGAAGAAUAUAGCCUCUCUCAGGCUACCUUGGAGCAGAUAUUCUUAGAACUCUCUAAAGAGCAGGAGCUAGAAAAUUUUGAUGAUGAAGUUGAUACAACAGUUAGAUGGAAACUCCUCUCACAUGAAGAACCAUAA